AUGAAUAUGCUUCACCACUUGCCACUUGUAUCUCCUUCUUCAUGGAAUCCAUCUCACAAGGGUAUUUGCCCGUGUGUCUGUGUCGUGGUAUGUAAAAGUCCUCGAAUUUCAGCUCCAAAUUCAGAUAAGCUUAGGCAGAGGGCUAGACAAAACCCCUUCAUCAGGAAAGAACAACCAAUUUCUCAUAAUGUGGAUCUUCCAACCAUACUUCCUAAGAAUAAAAAGAAACCCUUUCCCAUUCUAUUUAAGAAGAUCCAGAAGGCUGCAAGUGAGGCUAACAAACUUGCGGAAAUGGGUAUUGAGAAGCCCCUUCAACCUCCAAAAAAUGGAAUACUUGUCCCUGACCUGAUUCCUCUUGCAUAUGAGGUACUAGAUGCCUGGAAAGUUUUGAUUGAAGUGAAUGCUCAGAAGUUCAUGUGGCCCCGGAAGGUUACCAAAUUGAGGACUGUCUUGGUCCAACCAGUAGGAACCGUCACAGCCUCCGUUUAUGGGUCAGGGGUUCAAUCAAUGACAUACUUGUACCUGUUGAGUCUUAUCAUCUCUAUGACCCUUUUGAACUCUGCAUCCAAGGUCCAAGCUGGUGUGGAUAUACCAGAGUAUCCUUCACGCAGAAGAACGAAACCAGUCAGAAUGAUUGGAAAGAAAGUGAUCGACAGAGGAUUCCUUGAGGAGCCUAAACCUUGGGGUCUUGGAAAUCCAUCUACUCUUGUUGAGUUUGAUACAUAUAGGGCCAGAGAACGAUUUCCGCCUCCUCUAUCGGAAGAUAUACCAAGGAUUGCACAGGUGCCUAUGGAUGCGUAUGAUUUUGUCAGAUCAGGUGUGAGGAAGUUUAGAAAUACACGGUGA